CGGCCCCGGGGCCGACACCUUUCGGCUCCCGCUCCCCGCGCGCAAGAUGGCUGACCCGGCUGCGGGGCCGCCGCCGAGCGAGGGCGAGGAGAGCACCGUGCGCUUCGCCCGCAAAGGCGCCCUCCGGCAGAAGAACGUGCACGAGGUGAAGAACCACAAAUUCACCGCCCGCUUCUUCAAGCAGCCCACCUUCUGCAGCCACUGCACCGACUUCAUCUGGGGCUUCGGGAAGCAAGGAUUCCAGUGCCAAGUCUGCUGUUUUGUCGUGCACAAGCGGUGCCAUGAAUUCGUCACCUUCUCCUGCCCAGGUGCCGACAAAGGCCCAGCCUCUGAUGAUCCCCGGAGCAAACACAAGUUUAAGAUCCACACGUACUCCAGCCCCACGUUUUGUGACCACUGUGGGUCACUGCUGUACGGACUCAUCCACCAGGGGAUGAAAUGUGACACCUGCAUGAUGAACGUGCACAAGCGCUGCGUGAUGAACGUCCCCAGCCUGUGCGGCACAGACCACACGGAGCGCCGCGGCCGCAUCUACAUCCAGGCCCACAUUGAGAGGGAAGUCCUCAUCGUCGUCGUAAGAGAUGCUAAAAACCUUGUACCUAUGGACCCCAAUGGCUUGUCAGACCCUUACGUGAAACUGAAACUGAUUCCCGACCCCAAGAGCGAGAGCAAGCAGAAGACCAAAACCAUCAAAUGCUCCCUCAACCCUGAGUGGAACGAGACAUUCAGAUUCCAGUUGAAAGAAUCGGACAAAGACAGAAGACUGUCCGUGGAGAUUUGGGACUGGGAUCUGACCAGCAGGAAUGACUUCAUGGGAUCUUUGUCGUUUGGGAUUUCCGAACUGCAGAAAGCUGGUGUUGAUGGCUGGUUCAAGUUGCUGAGCCAGGAGGAAGGCGAGUACUUCAACGUGCCUGUGCCGCCAGAAGGAAGCGAGGGCAAUGAAGAGCUGAGGCAGAAAUUCGAGAGAGCCAAGAUCAGUCAGGGGACCAAGGCUCCGGAAGAAAAGACGACCAAUACCAUAUCCAAACUUGACAACAAUGGGAACAGAGACCGAAUGAAACUGACUGAUUUUAACUUCCUGAUGGUGCUCGGGAAAGGAAGCUUUGGCAAGGUCAUGCUCUCCGAGCGGAAAGGCACGGACGAGCUCUACGCCGUGAAGAUCCUGAAGAAGGACGUGGUGAUCCAGGACGACGACGUGGAGUGCACGAUGGUGGAGAAGCGGGUGCUGGCCCUGCCAGGGAAGCCGCCGUUCCUGACCCAGCUGCAUUCCUGCUUCCAGACCAUGGACCGCCUGUACUUUGUGAUGGAGUACGUGAACGGGGGUGACCUCAUGUACCACAUCCAGCAAGUUGGCCGGUUUAAGGAGCCUCAUGCUGUAUUUUACGCUGCAGAAAUUGCCAUCGGUCUGUUCUUCUUGCAGAGCAAGGGCAUCAUUUACCGUGACCUCAAACUUGACAAUGUGAUGCUGGAUUCAGAGGGCCACAUCAAGAUUGCUGAUUUUGGCAUGUGUAAGGAAAACAUCUGGGAUGGGGUGACCACUAAGACAUUCUGUGGAACUCCAGACUACAUCGCCCCUGAGAUCAUUGCCUACCAGCCCUACGGGAAGUCUGUGGAUUGGUGGGCCUUCGGAGUCCUGCUGUAUGAAAUGUUGGCUGGGCAGGCACCCUUUGAAGGCGAGGAUGAGGAUGAGCUCUUCCAGUCCAUCAUGGAACACAACGUGGCUUACCCCAAGUCCAUGUCCAAGGAAGCUGUGGCCAUCUGCAAAGGGCUGAUGACCAAACACCCGGGCAAACGCCUGGGGUGCGGACCCGAAGGUGAACGCGACAUCAAGGAGCACGCGUUUUUCCGGUAUAUUGAUUGGGAGAAACUGGAGCGCAAAGAGAUCCAGCCCCCGUACAAGCCAAAAGCCUGUGGGCGAAAUGCUGAAAACUUCGACCGGUUUUUCACCCGCCAUCCACCAGUCCUAACACCUCCCGACCAGGAAGUCAUCAGGAAUAUUGACCAGUCAGAAUUCGAAGGAUUUUCCUUUGUUAACUCUGAAUUUUUAAAACCUGAAGUCAAGAGCUAAGUAGAUGUGUAGACCUCCGUCCUUCAUUUCUGUCAUUCGAGCUCAACGGCUGUUGUGGUGACAUCUUUUCUUUUCAUUGCCACGUCGCAUCCAUGUUUUACUUGCUGAUGAGACUAGAGUGACCAUGUUUCAGAAACCAAAUGUCCUCAGGUAGUUUGGAGCAUCUCUAUGAGAUGCGAUGAUGUGGAUGGCUCGUCGAAAAUGCUGCGUUAAUUAACACAUUAGCAAAUGACCUCUUCCCAUUGACUCUCCCCAGCAUGGCCAUGUGGCAGAGAUCCCUUGGGGACAGAAAAAUGCCUGCUUUCUCUCCCUUUCUCCCACCACUCGCAUUUUACACAUUUCCCAACUCCAGGCAUCCAGUCUGGAUUGUUCUUACCAAAUGAGUGGUUCACCGGAUGCUAGCAGCAUUCUCUCCCUCCUAGACCCAGAGCUUGGCUUGCAUUCAAGGGUAUGGUUGCUUUGACGUAGAGGGAAUUCCUCCAUUCUGCCUGGUUUGGAGGCACCAUGAGCUAUGCAGAGCCCAGGCCAAAAAUAAAAUCGUAUUUGUUAUUUUUUUAGACUCAAAGUUAAGGAGAUGAUCUCAACCCUUUUAAAAUGCCAAGAGGGUGCUUUGAGACAAUCUCAAUCUAAAAGGAACUCAAGGGGUGAGUCAAAAGGCAACCGGCUUGGGCCCCCCUCCAUUCUGUAAUGCCUGAUACUCUCUGUCCCUGAUCAUGAUCACCUUCAUCCUCAAACUCCUGGAAAAGGGCAUUUGGCAUCACCCCCCUGAAAAGACAUGGUCACUCUAGCCAGGUCCCAGAGGACCAUGGUUUUACAUUACAUUUCAAAUUUUAUUUGCUUUGGGGUUUUAUUUCUGUUAUUGUUCAAACGCAAAAAGAACAAAAAAAAAAAAAACUGUGUUACACAUGCUUUGAAAUCUGUGUCCAAAUGUUAUUAACCACAAUGACCUGUUUGUCAAGGUGGCUCUGGACCUAGCGGACCCAUGCCCGCACGGAUGGGAUUUGUCUAGGUUUGUUGCUGGCUUUGGAAAGCUAAUUAAGUGCUCUGAGAAAGAUACCAUUUCUUGAAACAUAGACGGGUGUACUCUUCACUUUGAUGUUGUUUUGCAAGAUGUUUGUGGAAAUGUCCAUUUGUAUCUGGAUACAUGUUAUGUGCCAUUUCUUUUUCUAGCAUCGAGAUACA